CCAAUUUGACUUGUGCAUGUGUAUUAGAUCGGCAGUGGUGGAAGACCAGAGUGUUGCAGAGUUUCAGGAAAAAGAAUAUGUAGCUUUGUGGUCUGUAACAGUGGGAUGGCUCAUAAUUUAAACUUGAACUUAAUCCAGAGAGGUGCAGGAUGGAAUCGAAUGGCAACCCAUGGAAACGUCACUUGUUUAAUAGAGCAAAGCUUCCUUCUUCCUCCUUGUCCUGGACUCUGAGGUGGGCAGAGGUGGAGACGAAAUCCUGACAAUCACAUGCAAAGUACUUGUUUAUUUGAUUAUAUGUGCUAGUUAAUGUGUAAUCUCAAUGAAGGGCGGUGAUUUCAUACCUUCAGCUGUGUACAUUUCCUCGAUUUAUGGACAGGUUCAGAGUCUAAUUAAAGACUGUGGGUUCCUCACUUAGCUCGGAUUCACUUGUUGGAGCUUCUCACAUGGGACAGACAUGGCUAAAGGAGUAUACAUUUCUAAAACCCUGGCUAUUGCCACAGUGGUGCUGACACUGUCUGCGCUUGGUGGCAUCAUUGUUAUGGUCACCCUCUACCAGAUGCAGAUAGCAAAAAUGCCACCACAGCCUCUACCAAGCCUCCGUCCUACUACGCCGAUUCCAACAGGACUUCCACCAACGCUGAGACUUCCUGACAAUUUGAUUCCACAUAGCUACAAAAUCAACCUUCAACCACAUCUCUACACAAAACUACCCAAUGCCACUGAGCAAGUUUAUAUUUUUGAAGGGAACUCAACAGUUAUGUUUAAAUGCGUAAAAGACACAUGGACUAUCUUUCUUCAUGCCCUGGAUCUAUCCAUCGACCAAGUUAGAGUGACCCAUUCUAACACAAGGGAGAAUAUAGGAGUAGACAGAUACACUUUGCAUAACGACUCUCAUUUCUUUGAGAUCGUACUUAAGAAACAGUUAGUAGGAAAUGGGGACUAUUAUGAGCUUUUCACUAAAUUCAAAGGGGAACUCCUAGAUGAUUUGACAGGUCUUUAUACAAGCCAGUACACAGUGGUAACUGAUGGUGAAGAAGAGAAAAGAUUUCUCGUUGCAAGCCAGAUGCAAGCCACAGAAGCUAGAAAAGUUUUCCCUUGCUUUGAUGAACCAGCUAUGAAAGCAGUUUUUAAUAUUACUAUUAUCCACAGACCAAGCACCAAAGCCCUUUCCAAUGCCAAAUUAGAUAAUGAUCCAAAUGUGGAGGGAGAUUGGAUUGUUUCGACAUUUGCUCCAACACCAGUCAUGUCGACAUAUCUCUUGGCUUUCACAGUAAAUGAAUUUACCAGUCAAAUUGGUCAACAUGAUAACAAGGACAUGAUGAUCUGGGCCCGACCUGAGGCUGUGACUGCUGGACAUACAGAGUACGCGCAGAGUAUCACUGGGCAGAUUCUGACCUUCUACGAAAAUACAUUUAAGCUGAAAUAUCCAUUAAACAAACUAGAUCAGAUUGCCCUGCCUGACUUCAGUGCAGGUGCUAUGGAAAACUGGGGUUUAACAAUGUACCGUGAAUCAGCUCUGCUGUAUAAAGAAGGUGUAUCCUCUUCCUCUGAUAAAGAAUGGGUUGCCAUUGUGGUAGCUCAUGAGCUGGCACAUCAGUGGUUUGGGAACCUUGUCACAAUGAACUGGUGGAAUAACCUGUGGCUGAGUGAAGGGUUUGCCACAUACAUCUCAUACUUGGGAGUGGAUUACAUCGAGUCUACAUGGAAUAUAAGAGAUAUGUUUGUGCUGAAAGAAAUGCAUCCAGUCAUGGAGUUGGAUUCAUUGAACACUUCACACCCUCUGAGCUUGAAGGAGUCUGAAGUUGAGACAACAUAUGAGAUCUUGCAACUCUUUGAUAGUAUCACCUACAGCAAGGGUGCAGCUGUACUAAGAAUGUUGUCAGCUUACAUGGGGGAGACAAAGUUUUUUGAAGGACUUGAGUGCUACCUUGAGAAUUACAAGUACAACACUGCUGACACUACAGACCUGUGGAAGUGUAUGCAGAAGGCUACACAUGAGGAAAUAGAGAGCCUCAUGACAACAUGGACCGAGCAAGCAGGCUACCCAGUCAUCAACAUAAAUACGGCCACUGGAGAAAUUGCUCAAGAGCAAUUUCUAUUAAAGCGAGCAGAGGACACUGGGCUUGAAUGGCAGAUUCCAAUUAUCUAUAUGAAAUCUGGUUCCCUCCAGCCGAACACUGUUCUUAAAGAAAAGGGGCCUGUGAGAAAGCCUGCUUAUGAAGUCACUGAUGAUGGAUGGCUAUUAGUCAAUAUAAAUGCCAGUGGAUAUUAUAGAGUGAAUUAUGAUGAACAAAACUGGGAUAGACUUAUUAAACAACUGGAGAGUGAUCAUCAACCUAUCCCACUCAUCAACCGAGGCCAGUUAAUUGAUGAUGCAUUUAACCUUGCUAGGGCCAAAUACAUCAAUGUCACACUGGCAUUGAGCACAACCAAGUAUCUGAUAAAUGAAACCGAGUAUAUUCCAUGGGAGUCAGCUCUGAACAACUUGGGUUACUUUAUUCUAAUGUUCGAUCGCGCCGAAGUCUAUGGCCCCAUGCAGAAAUACUUACGAACUCAAAUUGAACCACUUUACACGUACUACCAAGAGUACACUGAUAAUGCAACUAUUCCAGGGGACCUUUCUGACCAGUAUAAUCAAAUAAAUGCCAUUUCAGUGGCCUGCAGCAAUGGUCUUAAAAAUUGCACAGACAUGGCAACAAAGCUAUUUGCUGAGUGGAGAAGUGGGAUAGAUCGGAUUCCACCUAAUUUAAAGUCCACCAUCUACUGCCAUGCUAUAGCAGCUGGAGGGGAGGAUGACUGGGAUUUUACAUGGAAAAAAUAUGAAGAAUCCAGACUUGCCUCAGAACAAGAUGUACUGAGAUAUGCACUGUCCUGUACAAAAAUAAUCUGGCUCUUAAACCGAUACCUGGAGUACACUCUAGACCCUAACAAGAUAAGGAAAAUGGAUGUAGUGUCUACCAUCAGGUACAUUGCCAGGAAUGUAGCUGGACAAGCUCUUGCAUGGGAUUUCAUUCGGGCCCAAUGGGACUACAUAAGUCAGCUGUACGGAGGUGGAAUAAUAUCCUAUGGAAGCUUGAUUAAUGACGUGACUGAGAGGUUCAACACAGACUUUGAGCUCCAACAGCUGAAGCAGUUCAAAAAUGAACAUGAUGAAGACAGCCUCGGGCCGACCUCGCAAGCUCUUGAUCAGGCAAUUGAGAGGACUGAAGCCAACAUUAAAUGGGUGAAAGAGAAUAAACAGACUGUGUUGAACUGGUUCAGAGAACAGAGAUAGGUCCAAUAAGCAUCUGCAUGUCUGCACAACUCAGUAUGCUUAGAGCAAUGAGAAACAGAUGUAGAGUACUUCGUGUGGUUAUAGAAACAACAUCCUGUGUUUCCCAAUGUUUUUUUUUUU